AUGAGGCUCAAAUACAAAGCCUGGGAAGAUGAAUUAAAAUAUGAUCCAGAUAAAAUUUUUUUGCUUUCUGGUAUCAAAUAUGGGUUUGAUAUUAUUGACCCAAAUGCUGAUCCUAGUCAGGCUAGUUGUAAUAAUCACCCUAGUGCUCAACCUAAUAGCCCCCUUUAUGCUAAGGCUACUGAACAAAUAAAUAUAGAAAUUCAAAAUGGCAAUUAUAUAGAAACACAUGAGCCACCUGUGAUAAUUAGCCCCCUGGGUGUCAUCCCAAAACCUGAUGGGGGUGUAAGACUCAUUCAUGACUGCAGCCGACCUCAGGGUCUCUCUGUCAAUGACUAUGUUUCUAACAAAGACAAACAUAAAUAUAGCUCUGUUGACUCAGCAUCUAAGUUAGUACACAAGGGAUAUUACAUGGCUAAGGUUGACCUUAAAAGCGCUUAUCGCAGUGUUCCUAUUAGUACAAAGAGCCAACUAGUUACGGUAAAUACCCCUCCCCUAUGCCAUUUUCCGAAUUUCUACUACAUAUGUCACCAGCCUCACUGUCAUUUCUUUUGUCUAGGCACCUCACCGGAAUCUCAAACCCACUCUCUGGAUUCUAGGGUUGUGCACCUGAGGACUAAUGCCUAUGCAGCUUCCACACGUCGUACUUACCUAACAUAUUUACACUCCUUUCUUAAGUUUUGCUCAGACAAUAAUAUUGCACCUGUGCCAAUUUCCUCGGCUAAUCUUGGUAGAUAUAUUGCUCAUUUAUCUCUAAAGUUGUCCUUUAGUUCAUUACGGAAUUACCUGUCAGUUGUUAGAAUUCUGCAUUUAGAAGCAGGAAAACCCAACCCCCUUGAUUCCUUUUACAUUUCAAGCAUUUUAAAAGGGGCCCGGCGGGUGUUAGGGGAAGUCUCCAAACCCAAGUUACCUAUUACAAUUGACAUACUUAAGCAAGUGUUUUCCUGCAUUGACUUGUCUUCCCCGCAUGACAUUUGUUUUUGGGCAGCUUGUCUAGUAGCAUUUUUCUCAUUUUUUAGAAAGUCAAAUCUUUUAGCCCCAUCAUGGGGUCACUUUGACCCUAACAAACACCUGUGUCGUUCCAAUAUCAAGUUCGGUGCUGAUGGGGUUAUCAUUACUGUCCACUGGUCUAAAACCAUUCAGUACAGUCAAAGAUCCUUAGAAAUUCCCCUACCCCUGAUUCCUAAUUCUCCAUUCUGCCCGAGCACAGCCUUAAUGCUGCUGUUUAAAUCUACACCCUGCUCUAUUCAAUCAGUGCCAGCUUUUGUAUUUAGGCAACAAACUGCUACCAAAUUAAUGACAUAUGAUAUUUUUGUUUCACGACUUAGAUUUUUUUUGCACAAACUGGGUUACAACCCUAGUCGUUACUCUGCUCAUAGCUUCAGGAGAGGUGGGGCAUCCUUUGCCUUACAGUGUGGACUGCCUCCUGAUUUAAUUCAAACUCAAGGGGACUGGCGUAGUGAUGUUUAUAAAACCUACCUUGACCCCUCUCUCUCCUUCCGACAACAAGUAGCAACCACCUUAGGACAAGCAAUAGGCAAAGUACUGUAGUUAUUUUAACUGUGUAACUCUCAUGUGUUGGUUAUUACACAGUUUGGCUGUUUAGUUGCCUUAUGUAUAUACAUUUAGUUAAGAUCCUCGCAAUGUACAUUAGGAUGUAUAAUUAGAUGUAUUUGAUCAUGCUGCUGGCACCUUGCACUGUAUAUAUGUUACCUUGUAUUUUACUAUAUUUUGUGAUAUAUCUUGCCAAGAGUACACCUUACAUAUAUGUGUGUGUAUUUCCGUUGUGAAUGUCCUGCGAUGGAUGUCCACUUGGUGAUCUGGUCAGACUUGCGAUCAGCCCGCCGCCAACUCUUACACUGCUCGGACACUUUGCGUAUA